UCCAGUGGCCAAGGUUGAGAAACACUGCCUUAGUGGAACUUUUGUUUAGUGGAGGUGAGGGGUUUAAAGCUCUGCUGUUGGCAGUCUGAGGCACUAUAACUGUUCAUGGUUCAAAGUGCUUCAUUUGGAAUCCCAUAUGCUCUAAUAAGUGUGUUUGCAGCCUCUGUGUUCAAAGAGUUUGGUUUGGUAUGAUUUGGUUAAAAUUAUGAAGCCGUUUUUUUUUUUUUUUUUUUUUUGAAACGGCAUUGAAGAGAAAACAACCUAUCUAAAAAUAAUUGGGCAAGAGACUAUUACAAGAUUAACUGGCUUUAGAUGUUAGCAAAAUGUACAAGAUACAAGAAAACUGACUGAGCAAGAACAGAAAUAUGUUAACGUCAUUGAUCUCUGGCUCCACCUUUCUUUCCAACCAUUGUUGCUCUGGUUUUGUCAGAAACUUGACAAUGUGGUUUGUGUUUGUGCACACAGAAAUGUACAGGGUUAUAGUUCAGAUAGAGGUGAUGAUAAUUUAUGCUACUUUUAGGUUACUGAGACAGAUAAGACCAGUGGUGAAAUCCAAAUUUUUAUACUACCGGUUCUGUGGGCGGGGCUUGGUGGGUGUGGUGUUGCUUGGUGGGCAUGGCAGGGGAAGGAUACUGCAAAAUCUCCAUUCCCACCCCACUCCAGGGGAAGGAUACUACAAAAUCCCCAUUCCCUCCCUACUCCUGGGGGAAGUAUAUUGCAAAAUCUCCAUUCCCACCCCACUCUGGGGCCAGACAGAGGCGGUAUUUGUCAGUUCUCUGAACUUUCUGCUACCGGUUCUUCGAACUGCUCAAAAUUUCCGCUACUGGUUCUCCAGAACCUGUCAGAACCUGCUGGAUUUCACCCCUGGAUAAGACUUCAUAAGUGACCAGCAGGGACUAAAUAACCCCAAAGCCUCCAGUGACAUUUUAACAUUAGUCUGCCAGUUGGAAGGUGGCAUGAUGGUGACAGAUAUUUAAACUUGGGUAUGCUUCACGUGCAAUGAGUUCAAAUCUAUUUUAAAAAUAAAUUAAGUCUAAAAUAAGCGUGUAUUGCCUUCAAGGGAACUUACAUUUUUCUCCUGUGUAAGAAUUUGUUAUUCACUAAUACACACUAAUCCACACUCUUUGGAAUCUGAAGACACCUUUGAAAUUAUUGAGAGUAAACAGUGAAUUUGCCAAAUAGUUGCCAUGGUAGGUGAGCUGCAAAUCAUCCAUUUAGCACAGAUUUUACCCCUGUAAAACUGUUAUUAUCCCUUCCACCUUUUAUGUUUUGAGGGGAAGAUUUGCAAAACAUAACACCGACCAAAAAGUUGUUUUUAUAACUGGGUGGCUAUGUGGUCCUAACCGUCUUCUUAGAAAUAAAGUUUGUUUUGGAGAUUUACUUUGCAAUGCUCACUUUAUCGUUUUAAUUCCUUAAAAGAAUUUAAAAACAGUCUGACUAUAGAAUAGAGUGCACUUUCUACCCUUGUGCACUCUUUUGAGAAUGCUGAACACUUACUAUAGCAAUGUAUUUAGGAUAUAAUUUAUCACACAGUGGUUUUCUGUGCAGAAAAAUGAAACAGCCAUCAACCACCUUUCCAUUACGUCAAAGGAAACUGAACUGUUUUUGUGAGUUCUUAGAAUUUAACAUUUCUUAAUAACAUGCACUCAAGCUAUACCAAUGUGUUGUGUAUCAUGCUUGGGUGCACUUGGCAUGAAGAAGGAUCAAGAUAACUAUUGUUUUAAUAUUAAUUUGCCCCUGUAUACUACAUGACAAUAGUUGCCUGAAAGAUUGCAGCAAAAGAUCCAAACGAAUAGAAAAAUAGUUUGCAGGCAACUCAAUGACAUUUGUAUUCUGAGAAACUUCCACUGAAGAAAAAGGCUGAGGUUUCUCUGGAGCACUCAUAUGAAUUGUGUUCUAGUUAGAAUUGGGGGUUGUCACCAAUUUCCAGAGCUACAAUGAAAGAAAAAUUCCCUGCAUCACCUAUCUGACGACCCGGCUAUGAUAUAAUGACAGGUGAGUACAAACCAUUUUGAGUUAUACAAAAAUAUGAGAUGAUAUACUCUUAACUAGAAUACUUUUAAAAUGGGGAAAGUUAAAAACAACUGCACGAUCAUACAAAAACUCAUGGACUAGUAUAAUUAUAGCUUUUUAUUGUGUAGCAAAAUGUAAAGAUGAUUGUUAGGAGUAGCGCAAUGGAAGCCAGAGACGUAGGAUAAAGAAGGAAGAGCAUGAAACGCCAUACUUUUUUUUUCCAGGAAAGAGCCAUCAACUUUGAACAAACUCCAAUAGGAAAGGUACUUUCAGCACGAGAUGUUUCUGAACUUUUUCUUAUUCAUAGGAUUAUGCUAGUAGCAGAUAAAACAUUUUUUACUAUCAUAACAUGAAUAUUUCAGUAUCUGUUAUUAAGUUCAUGCCUUCCAGGUUACAGGGCAAGAGGCUUUUUUUAAAAAGGCAAAUUCUUAGAAAAAAAGGCUUUGAGAUGGAAGCCAUCUUAAUUAUGAUGCCCUAAAUUCAGGACAACUUUUUUUUAUUACACUACUGAUGUAAGAGAGAUACUGUAUUCCUGAACAAUAUUCAUCAGUCCAUGCUGGAGAAUUGGCCAUCUUACCUCUUCCUUUCCCUGCCUUCAGAAGUUGUUGCUUCUUGUUUGUGGUAUGAUUUAAUACUUUCUCUUUCAACACUAAUAAAACAUCUACCUUAGAAGAAACUAGAAAAUGGCAGCUGAUUAAUUGUAACAGCAUUUGGUUUCUUCUGUAUUUUCCUAACAGUUCAAGGACAACAAUGAAUUUUUAUUUGAAUGAGUUUCUUUUCUCCUUUUGUUGAUAGGCCCCUCUGAGUGAUACACUAGAAGACUGCUGUUAGCAACAAAUUGUGAUGGGAAGCUUGCCCAGUAAGAGGAAACAGAUUGCUAACCAGACAAGCCCACAACUGAACACAAGGCAUAUCCAGAGCGAUAGUAUAAACCUGCCAGUUGCCAAUUCCCCCAUGAUUGUUGCAGUCAGUGAUUUUCCUUCUAGAGACACAGAGCCACUACUAAGGAUGGGGGAACAGCUGAAUUUGCUAUCUGAAGAGGGUGAAUGGUGUCAAGUCAAGUCAGUAGCAACUGGCAAAGAAUGCUGUGUACCUAGCAACAACAUAGCUAAAAUUUCACACAGGUGGCUCUACGAUGGCAUUGAUCGAGCAAAAGCUGAGGAGUUGUUACUGUUGCCUAUAAACCAGGAAGGUUCUUUCAUCAUAAGAAAGAGACAAGCAAAAAAAGGUUGCUAUUCUUUAUCAGUCAGAUGCACAAAUCAUGAAUCCUGGAAUUGUGUAAAACACUACCGCAUUAACUGCUUGGAGAACAACUGGCUUUAUAUUUCCCCCAGCCUUACCUUCCCAAGCUUGCAUGAACUGGUGGACUAUUAUUCUGAAAGUAGAGAUGGCUUAUGUUGCUGUUUGAAGAAACCAUGCUUCAUCCAAGGAGCUAGUUCCAGCUUGUUUCAUAAUCUUCCCAAACCUGUGGAAGCAAAAAAAUCUGCUCUCAACUGGCAACAGAUCAAGAGCUCAGACUUGUUGUCAGAAGAACCUCUAGCAGAAGACUCACCCAUCAGUCUUGGCAUGCGAGAAGCAGUUACUACUUACCUGUUUAUGACCGAAGACCUGUCAUUACAGGGCACACCAAACAUAAAAGGAAGGCAAGCCGAAGAUAUAUAAAGCAAAUAUUGGAAGUAUUUCUGGAACAUGAAGCUUAAACACAAGAUCUGUUGAAUUUGUGGUAUUUUUAUCAAGUUGAUUCAAAGUGGUUAUCCUUAAAUCAGUGUUAUCAUAGUUAUACUUUUCAUCUUUUUCAAGACGCUUGGCUCAUUGAAAUAUUGUGUAUUUGUGUGUGAAGUAUAUUUAUGUAUUUUCCCUACAGGUUUUGCACUUGUUAAUUCAUAAUUGAUUAGUAAUGCAAAAAGUGAGGUAUUCACAAUAAACCAAAUAAUUGUUUCACCAGGC